UCGGACUGGCCAGCAGAGGGCAGCAGAGGGUUUAACUCUUCUGCUGUUUUCACAGAAGAAGAAGAGGCGGAAGAGCCUGUCAGGUUGGAAACAAACGUGGGGAUAACAAGCGAGUAGUCUGGAAAGUUCUGGUAGGACUUCAGUCCCGGCCCAACCGCAGCUCGCGUGAAGGUUUAUUUGGAUCGGGAGGGUUCUGUUCGUCCCGGAAAUGUCCGUAAUAUCCGAGGAAAACGUGCGGGGCGGCAGCAGCGUGUUUAAGGACAUCAGCGCCGAUGACGAAAACCUGCAGCCCACGGAGAUCGAGAGUCUGUGCAUGAACUGCUUCCAGAACGGAACCACCCGCCUGCUGCUGACCAGAAUCCCCUUCUUCAAGGAGGUCAUCCUCAGCUCAUUCAGCUGCGCCGCCUGCGGCUGGGCCAACACCGAGAUCCAGUCCGCGGGCCAGAUCCAGGAGCAGGGCGUCUGCUACACCCUCAGGGUCCGAACCAAGCAGGACCUGAACCGGGAGGUGGUAAAGGCAGACAGCGCCACCACCAGGAUCCCCGAGCUGGACUUUGAGAUCCCCCCCUUCACCCAGAAAGGCUCCCUCUCCACUGUGGAGGGCCUGCUGGACAGGGCGGUGUCGGGCCUGGAGCAGGAGCAGCCUGUGAGGAGAGCAGCAGAACCGGCACUGGCCCAGAAGAUCGACCAGUUCAUCCUGAAGCUGAAGAAGCUGAAGGAUGUGGAGCAGGAGUUCUCUCUGGUCAUCGAGGACCCGUCUGGGAACAGCUUCGUGGAGAACCCCUCGGCGCCCCACAGAGACGAGGCCCUCACCGUGACCCGCUUCAAGCGGACGGUCCAGCAGGACGUCCAGCUGGGGAUCCGGGCCGAUGACGACCUGGAGGAAGAACCGGCUGGCAGCGACCUGGAAACCAUGAGGAACGAGGUCCUGGUCUUCAACACCAACUGCCCAGAAUGCGGCGCGCCGGCCUCCACCAACAUGAAGCUGGUCAACAUCCCCCAUUUCAAGGAGGUCAUCAUCAUGGCCACCAACUGCGACGGCUGCGGCCAUCGCACCAACGAGGUGAAGUCUGGAGGAGCCACCGAGGAGCUGGGCACCAGGAUCAGCCUGCACGUCACCGACCCCUCAGACAUGACCCGAGACCUGCUCAAGUCCGAGACCUGUUCCGUCAUCAUCCCCGAGCUGGAGUUCGAGCUGGGCAUGGCGGCUCUGGGGGGCAAAUUUACCACCCUGGAGGGUCUGCUGAAGGACAUCAAGGACCUGAUCGUGGUCAAAAACCCCUUCGUCUGCGGGGACAGCAGCACGGACGACCGAGUGCAGAAGCUCGCCCAGUUUGGAGAGAAAAUAGACAAGAUCGUGGCGGGAGAACUGAAAAUCCACUUGAUCCUGGACGAUCCGGCUGGGAACAGCUACCUGCAGAACGUCUACGCUCCGGAAGAAGAUCCAGAGAUGACGGUUGAAAAAUACACACGCACGUUCGAGCAGAACGAGGAGCUGGGCCUGAACGACAUGAAGACUGAAGGCUAUCAAGAGGAGAACUGAAGCCCUGAAAAUGAAUUCUUUUUAUUUCUACAACGAUUUCCUUCCAGGUUCAUCCUUUGAGUUACAAGCUGGGACGAUUCUCGCUUCCAGAAAGACUGCCGUCUCCUGAACUGUGAAAACGUUUUUAGGUUGUAAAUACAAUUUAAAGGUAAUAUGGAAGUAGCCAGAUGUGUUUGACAUCUGAUGUUAAUAAAAUAAUUUUCUUUAUUAUGACAGUAGGGGGCGCUGUGCUGACCCUGCUAGAAAUGAUUAAAUAUUUUUCAGGAGGAUGAGACUGUGUGGAAAAUGAGUCAUUUUAAAAGGUUGUAAACAUGUGAACCUCAUUAAUGUUUUGUCUGCUCCUGAUUCACAGCGAUUUGAGAAAGAGUUCCUCAGAAAUGACAUUUCAAUCUUAGUUUUUUUAUGCAUGUCAUCAGAAAAAUCGCUCAAGAACAGACUUUUCAUAGGAGUGCGUCUUUAAUGUCCUGCUGCAGCUUUGUUCUACAGAUGGCGGCGUUUUCCUGAGUCACGUGGCGCCUGACUCAUAACUGAGAUGGACACGGAACCAAUCGGUUCUGCAGUUCUUCCCGUUCUGAGCCUAAACCAGGGGUUUGCAACCUUCACCACUAAAAGAGCCACUUGGUCCAGUUUCUUACAGACCAGAACCCAACGAGAGCCGGAAAGUCCCUCAUCCUUUAGAAAAUACACAAUAUUUAUGCUUUUGUGAUCAUUAAAAAGGAUUUCAGAAAAGCAGCUUUUAAAUAUUACAGUGCUGAAUCACAACAGUGUCUCUAUGCUUCUAUAGCUGUUUUUAUUGCUUUUACUUUUGACAGCAGUACACAUAAGUUUCUUUCAAAAUAAAAUACACUGCUGCUGCAACAGCUGAGUAACUUCAAAAUAAAAGGCAUAGUCAAACAUGAUGUUUUUAUUAUUAGGAUUUUGGUGCAUCGUGUUUCUCCUUUUGCUGUAAACAAUAUUGAAGUAGGAUCCUAUUGUAAAAAAUAAACAUAAAAACAUUCAAAAUAAA